AGGAACUAGAAACCGACGAGCUAGCUGUGUUCAAAUGACUCCAGGAGGGUUCACCACCUGAUGCCAGCCAACUUAAACCUGUUAAGCCAGUCGUCUUGACUAGUUUCGGUUUCUCACCUCAGCCUUCAAAACAGUGCGCAGAAAUGGCGACGGAUACUGCAUCACUGGCCGGCCUAGAGGAAGAACUCACUUGCAGUAUCUGCAUGACUACGUUUGAAAACCCAGUUUCUCUCCCUUGUGGUCAUAACUUCUGUCAAGGCUGUUUGGAUGUGGCAUGGAAAGAAAAUGCCCCCCUGGCAUGUCCUCAGUGCAGGCACAAUUACUCUAGCAAACCCGAGCUGAAGAAAAACACUGUCCUAAGCGCUAUUGUUGCGGCCAUUACAAUGAAGUCAUCUUCAUCGGAGUCAGACCAUUGCAAAGAUGUACCAGUCAAGCAGGAACCAGAUGUUAUCCAAUGUGAUACCUGCAGGGAGGUAAAAGCAUUUAAAACCUGCCUUACAUGCAUGGCCUCGUUCUGUGAGGAACAUCUGAAGCCGCACGAGGAAAAUCCUGUUUUCCGCGCGCACCAACUGACCGACCCUUCAGGAGACCUGCAGGAGCGCAUUUGCCAGGACCAUCACAAGAUCAAAGAGUUCUUCUGCAAGCAACAUGAGUGCAGUAUCUGCAGCACCUGUCUGCAGGCGCAUCGAGGUUGCGACUACACCACCCCACAGGAAAGACGAGAACAGAAAGAGUCUGAGAUAAGUGGUAUGUUGAGUUUGCUUGAGAGGAAGAUCAACAAGAACAACAUUGUUAUCGCCCAAAUGGGGCAGCAGGAGUUGGAACUACAGGAUGAUGCGGUUUCUCGUAAGAAGAUGGUGAGCACAAAAUAUCAGCUCAUAAGGGAUCUGAUCGACAGGGAUGAGCAAGAUGCUUUGAAAGCUGUGGAUAAGGAAUUGGAGAGUGGUCAGACCAAGCUCCAGUCUCUAAGGAAGACAUUUGGUCAGAAUGUGGAGAGGAUGAGCCAAACCAAAGUGAAGCUCAACGACCUUCUGUCAAGAGCGGAUUCGUUGUCCUUCCUGCAGGCUUCAGUCCAACUUCCCUUCAACACCAAAUUUGACCCUUACUGCCCCCGUAUGAACACAGACUCUGAAGCUGUGACAGCCUAUCAAUCCUCUGCUGUUGCUGUGAAGCAGCUACUGGACAAAAUUCUGAGUGUACCAGCAGAAAACCGCAUCUCACUUCUUGCAGAUUUUGAGAUGGUUCUUGUCAAAGGAACCUCCUCGGGUUCUUCUCAGGCGGUGCAUGGCAACCCAGGUGCUCCCUUUAGACCAGGUGGACAGAGGAUGAAUCCGACACAUCCAAACAAGAAGCCAGACCACAUGAGGGGGCAAAAUGACCAAAGGGGAGAAAAAUCAAACUGGCAACAUGAUAAAGGUACUGUAUGUCUGGAAAUGUGUGUUGUGAGCUGUUGGAUUUGGCUAUGAAAUUACAAUUUGGCAAUGAAAUGACAAUAAACAGAAUUGAAACAGUUGAAACAACAUGUUUUCUGGAAGCACAAAAUGUCAUUCUCACCUGUAACAUAAUGAAAUUAGUUUGCUCUGUGGCCUCUGUGUAUAGUCAAACAUACUCGAGGCUGUGUUUAUUUGCCUUUCGGGUGGAGGACAUUCAUAUGCUUUAGCAGCCAUGAUCUCUAGCCCUCAUCAUGAUAAGACUAAACCUAGUGUGACCUUACCAUAUGAGUCCAAUCAUUCAUCGUCAAUGAAGAAGUCAACAGUAAGUCAAAAAGAAAAAUGUGGAAUGUUAUGUUGGAGAUUAUGAAGUUUCUGUCUUCUCGCUAAUACAGUAGGUUUUAUUACAAUAUCCAAAGUCUGAAUAUUCCUUUUUUACUACUUCAGACAAGAAGCCAGAUCCAAACAAAUGGCAAAAGAAGGCAGAAAAAUCAGAGCACCACCAUCGUGACAGAGAUCAUGGAGAGGCGGCACCCAAACAGCCGCCUACCACACCCUCUGGAUAUUCUCGGCCAGCUAAUACUCCAUCUCAGCGUGGAAAAUGACCAGCUAAGCCAGUGGUCCCUAGUAGGGCCAGCUCACUAUACCUGGCUCUAAGAGAGAGCCAGAGACUCGGAGUAUGUCAGUAACCAUAAAUACAGCAGCUGCAGUUUACCUAAAGCCUACCUUACACUGACAGACUUUAACAAGAUUCUUGAAAGUUUACCAAAAGCCUACCUUACCAACAUCGCCUGAUGUUGGUAACCAAUCUCAGAACAUCCAAGAAGUUUCCGUUGCCUUCUUGCGUCUACAUUUGACGCCAAAGGAUUUACACUGAUGUCAAUGGCAGCCCUUAGCGUUGCAUAUGAAAGCGCGGGGGCACCUCAUGCGUCCUCGUUUGACGAGUUGGGUGAGCUAUGCGCAUUUGAUAGACAUCCGUGGCGCCCAAUGAACGGAUCUGGGCAUUUUUUUGCCAGACCACGUCUCAUUUGAGAACUAAUGGUAACUAAUGCCCCUCAUUCAAGCUUUACUCAAAAGACUACAAUCCGUCAAGAAUCUUUCCCAAAUCUUGUCAAAGUCUGUCAGUGUAAGGUAGGCUUUAGCUGAAUAUUAAUCAUUACAUUUAAUCAUAUGCUGUUGCAAUCUAAGACCAUCGUUAACUGUGUUUAUAUUGGCAUCAUGCCAUAUCAAUAUAAAAUGUAGUUCAACAUGGAAAUAGCUUUAAUGAAAUAAUACUAAUAAAAACAUUAAAAACAUAAAAACAA